AUGGUUGAUGCAGCUUUAAUCAAUGGCUUGCUUUCAAACUUAGCGCCUCUGAUUAAUAAUGAAAUCUCAUUGUUUAGGAGUUUUAAAAAGGAUAUUCAAAAGAUAUCAAGCACGUUAUCUUCAAUUAAUGCUGUUCUUGAGGAUGCUGAAAGAAAGAAAGUACGAGAGAAAGACAAACAAACCGAAGAUUGGUUGAAAAAACUCAAAGAUGUAGCAUAUGAAGUUCGCGAUAUCAUGGAUGAGUGCAGUUUGGAAGAUCUUUGUGUUCAAGUCAAAAGACGGAAUGACUCAUCUUCAACUCGAAAGAAGUUGCAUUUGCGUGAAACUACUAAUAACUCAUCAUCUACUACUAGUUGGCGUGAAACCAUAUCUGUUUCUACAUGUAGCCAUGUAUAUGGGAGAAAUAUCGAGAAGAAAAAGAUUAUCGAUAUUUUAUUCAAUGCAUCAAAUAUUGCUAAAGAAUUACAUGUCCUACCUAUUGUUGGAAUUGGUGGUCUAGGUAAAACAACACUUGCCCAAAUGGUUUUCAAUGAAGAAAAAGUUUCUAAGCAUUUUGAUAUCAAAAUUUGGUUGAAAGCUAUAUUAGAUUGUGGAUCAAGUGGUUCGUUUAUCCUUACCACUACCCGUAAAAGAAAUGUUGCCGAAAUAAUGAAAACAAUUCAACAUUUUGAGUUACCAGAGCUCUCCGAUGAUAUUUGUAGGAUAUUAUUCGAAGAACGUGCAUUUAUGUAUGGAACACCAAAAUCUCCUAAUUUUAUUAAUAUUGGAAAUGAAAUAGUCAACAAAUGUAAGGGUGUUCCUUUAGUUGCUAAGAUAUUAGGAAGUCAAUUGGGCUUCACUAGUGAUGAAGGAGAAUGGUGUAGACUAAGAGAUAGUGAGAUAUGGGAGCUACUCAAAAAUGAAAAAUCUAUCUUGUCUAUUCUAAAGUUGAGUUAUUAUGACCUUCCUUAUCAUUUGAGAAGAUGUUUUGCAUUUUGUGCUAUAUUUCCUAAGGAUAGUGUGAUUGAAAAAGAAAGAUUGAUCCAAUUGUGGAUGGCCCAUGAUUUAAUUCCUACAAAUGAAAACCAAGAAGUAGAAGUUAUUGGAAAUGCAAUUUGGAAUGAGUUGUGUUGGAGAUCAUUUUUUCAAGAAGAAACUAAGAAAUUAGGUAAGUAUGGAGUUUAUACAACAUGUAAAAUGCACGAUCUUAUGCAUGACCUUGCUCAAUUUGUUAUGGAAGGUGAAUGUUAUAUCAUGGAUGCUAAGAGCUCAAGACAUGAUUUUAGACAAGGGGUUCGUCACAUAACAAUAAUGAUUAAUGAUUUUGACAAAACUCCAUUUGGGUUUCUGGAGAAAAUAGGAGGCGUGCAAUCGAUACUACUUCAUCCCACAAAAAUAAAUGUUUCAAAUGUCUUCAAUGAGAUUUUGAGUGUCUUCAAGAAACAUUUGUCUUUACGUGUCUUUGAAGUAGAUCCCUAUGUCGAAAAUCAAGCAUUGUGUUACAUUGGAUGCCUAAAACAUCUUAGAUACUUAAACAUCUCUUAUAUGUGCAAGAAAAAAGAUUGUCAACUAGAUGAGUUAAAAGAAUUGAACAUAGGAGGAUCUUUGGAAAUUAGAAACCUCGGAGGAGUUUCUAACACAACUAUUGCAAGAGGGCAUAUAAGUUUGAUGGCUAAAAAGUCAAGUAUCAAUAUGUUGGAGUUAAAUUGGGAUAAUGAUUGGGAAGAUAACGACGAAGAUGAUGAUAAAGAUUGGAUCAAGAAGAAGAAACUACAUGAGAAAAUAGGUGAAACUCUGGAGGUGCCAACUACAAUGCUUAAGAUAUUGAUAAUGCGAAAUUACAAAGGUGUUUAUUUCCCCUGGUUGGAAAAGUUAUCUGGUUCUCUUAGACACCUUGAACUUUGGUGCUUGGAAAAUCUCAAACACAUAUUUACUAAUAGUGAUGAUAUUGGAAUGGCAGUGUUCCCUUUCUUAGAGAAAUUGAAAAUUUAUAACAUGAUGAAUUUGAGGGAAUUUAUGUGUCCUAGUUGUUGUUACAAUAUUGGAUCAUUCUCUAAUCUAUGCAAGAUUGAGAUAUAUGAUUGCCCAAACCUAGGGACAUUUCCACCACAUCUCAAAUCACUCAAGGAUCUAACUCUGGAUGGUGAAUGUUCAGAUGAGUUGUUAUACAGCAUCUCGAAUCUUAGUAGUCUCGUUCAUCUCAACAUUUAUAAUUUUAAAAGCAGAGUUGUUCUAUUUCCAAAGGAAAUGUUUGGUGUGAACAAUGAAGUACUACUAACACAAGGACUGAGAUCAACUUUGCAAUCUCUUCUACAGUUGAACAUUAUGGGGUGCCACAAAUUAAGUUGUUUGUUUGAUGAGAAAAUGAUAAUGCAGCUCCCUUUGCUACAGACUUUACGUAUUCUGAAUUGUCGAAACUUAGCAUCUCUGUCACGAAAGCGCCACAUUCAAGGAGAAGGAGGGGUAACAAGAGGUGUCACAAACCUCAAUUCUCUCACGAGUUUGAUUAUCGAAAAUUGCCCUGAGUUAAUGAUGUUAUUGGAGGAAUUUGAAUACCUCCAUAAUUCACUACAGAUAUUGUAUAUAAGGAGUUGUGGUAAGCUGGUGUCCCAUGAAGAAGCAGACAAUGUUAUCUUAUUUAUAUGUUCUCUUCAAGCAAGAUUUGGUCAUAAAAAUAUUGAUGUCGAUAUCCUAAAGGAAAAGGAAAAUUAG